AUGGCUCGAAAACAGAGCGCGAAUUCUGGCAACAAGCGUUCGGGUUCCCAGCCUGACAUUCAGUUUUUCUGGCACUCGCCCGUUGAUGACCCGACGGUACGCAUCAACCUGCUCGAGGAAGCGCUGGAAAAAGCUGUUCAACACUCUCCUGAGGUAGCGAAUCUCGUUAGAGAUUUCGUUAACAACACCGGGGAAACUACUGUCGACGGUGAUAAAUCUACCACGGGCAUCGACGACCUUCGCAAGUGGCUUGAUGAAAUCGAAACCCUUAAGACUGAGAGACUGGACUUUGAGGUCCAUGUCGGCAUCCAGGGAGCGACCGGGGCGGGCAAAAGCUCUCUGCUGAGCACACUCCUUGGCCACAGGGACCUCCUGCCUUCUAACAAUGCAGAGGCGGCGACAGCGAGCAUUUGCCGGGUCUCAUAUAAUCAUAGUGAUGAUCCAGCAAAGGCUUUUCACGCCCAAAUUGCCUUCCGCUCUCGUCGAAACCUCAGAAAGGAACUCGAUGACUUUUUUGAGAGCGUGAAGGAGCGCGACCGGCCCUUGCAUCUUGACAGCACCAACGAUGACGAUGAGUAUGCAGAAGAGGAGCAGCGAGCAAAAGCAAUUGAGGAACUUAACGAUCACAUUAAAGAUGUGGCAGACAAGAUCAAGGCGGUCUGGGGUCACACAAUUGACCAAUUAACCAAGAUGUCGACGGAGGAGCUCCUGGCUCCAGACGACCCCAGCACGAAGUUGCUGGGCACAACCAAGUCAAUAUAUGCGUCCGACAACGGGACUUUUGCCAAGGAGAUAAAACCCUUCCUUGACUCAACGGUCCAUGAAGUCAAAGGAAAGUCGGGAGCCAUGACACGGGCCAUGGCAGUUUGGCCUCUGAUUGAUCACGUAAACAUCUACGUCAAAGCCGACAUACUCAAGGGCGGCCUUGUCCUUGUAGAUCUUCCCGGUUUGUCCGAUAUUGUGGAGAGCCGCGCAGCCGUUGCGAGGAAAUAUUCCCAGAACCUCGCUGUCACCGCCAUUGUGACUCCCUGCGUUCGGGCGGCUGACGAAAGGACUGCCGUCAGUCUGAUGACGGAAAAUCAGGAACUUUCUAUGCGGAUGGAUGGGAAAUUUGACGGCCGCAGCUUCUGCGUCGUCCUUUCCAAAGCAGACGACAUCGACCCUGUUAUUAUUGCGAAAAACAUGGGAUGGGACGAGCGGCUCCAGGCAAUCAAACAGCUCGAUCAUGAAUUGAACAAGAGUUCAAAACUCAAGGAGGAUUGGAAGAAGCAAGAGAAACAGCUCCAGAAAGCUACGAAACAGGCGAAGGACAAAGCUGAGAGAGGUGAACUACAGAAAAAGCUAAAACACCUCCGCAAGUUGACUCGCAACAGAAUCCUCAAGGAGCGUAUUCUUGAUCAUCUUCAGCAGCGCCAUAACUCUUUUCUCACCAAGUCACCGGACGCCCCAUCCGAUUUCAUUGCUGCCAAAAUUUUCCCCGUAAGCACCAAGGCCUACUGGAGCUUGUGUGGAGGUGAAGGGGGUGCAAAGCCCGUUGACGGCUUUCCAACCACUCUUUACACUGGCAUCCCGGCCCUCGCUAGCUGGCUUCGCAAUGCGACAAUCCCACACCGGGAGCGCAACGUUCUCUCCCUCCUGCAUCGGUACCGUAUCCUCCUUGACAAUGUUCAAACUUGGUCCGACAAGGAGUGCGAGGCGGUCAAGGUUCAAUACAGCCUGGAGGAAAUCAAGAAUGAGGUCCUCGAGCCUACCUCUCAUGAACUUCUUCAGGCUCUCGAUAAAUACGGUAAAACGCUGAACAAGAAGGUCAUCGAGUGCGAUCCGCUCAAGCACAAGCGAAAGGCCUUGAAUCAAUGCAUGGAGCACUGUAAAGCCAGAGUCGAAGGCUGGGCACUCAAGAACCCAGGCAAUGAGAAAUCGAUCGUCAAAAUGCACAGCUUGACAUUUGCCGCUAUUCUGAGACGCAAAGGCGGCAAGUUCCUGAGCCGUACUGGCGGCGGCAAGAUUGAAUACCAAUGGAUGGAAGAUAUGCAAAAGCGGAGGCUUAUUUUCCUGGAGCGUUCUGGAAGCCUUGUGUCGAUCAAGGAGGAGAUUAUGGACUUGGUUGGAGAUGCUCUGACCAACAUCUCGCGGGUUUCCGCUGAAGUCCAUCCCGCUCUAAGAGAGCGGAUGGCCCAGAAAUGGGAGCCUGGCUUCAAGGGUGCGCUUAAGGUACCAGGAGGGCGAGGAGCAACCAAGAGGCGCCAUGAAUUCCUAGUGAAAUUCUCAGAUAAGGCCAAAGGCAAAAUCUACGGCGAGUCAGUUCGCGAAAUGGAGGAGGAACUUAAAGCCCAGUUCGAAAAGUUUCCCCCUGCGCUUAAGCUGCAUGGAACCGGGGUCUCGACAGACUGCGGACCCAAUUCGGCCACCUGCCAGGUUCGGAGAGCUCUGGCAAAAUGGAUAGCCGCCUGGGUUGCGACGGACCAAGAAAUGGAUAUGGCCCCGAGCACCGAUAUCCCACUGGAGUACCAGGGCCCUGAAAAGGAUUCAAGCUGGUCGGACUCGGACAGUAGCAGUGUUGAGUCUGGGUCGGAGUCUGACAGCGACCCAUGA